GAAGCAGCUCCCACGACGACAGUGACUGCAGCUCCAGCUUUUCGCUUAUCCUGCAAGCGGGUCCAUUGGACGAGGCCAAGGCCUUCCUGCAAGGGCUCUACAAAAACCAACUCGGGGAGCUACAGCCGAACCUCAGCAGCAGAUCCCGUGCUGGGAAGCUUGCAUGGUACCAGCGAGACGUGGCGGCAGCUGACUGGCACGCCUUAUGCUCAAAGGCUGAGCACUACCUGCAGGACAGCUGGCUGGUGCAGUGGCAGAAUUGGCGAGUGGCACACGCUCGUGGAAAACGGCGUGGGCAAGACACCGCCCAAGAGCUCCAGCAGGCUCUGCACGCCAAGGCCAUGCAGGACACCCAUCCCAAGGCAAGGGACUGGACCCGCCUCGGCGGGGAAGCAACACGGCGCUACGCCUGUGGGCGUGGCACGUACUACAAGGGUAGGAACCACAAGUCCGUCGGCGGGGCCACUCGAUCGAGGAAACAUCUUCAGGACCUCUCUGUGAAGGAGCUCUUUCCAGGACGGCUUCUCCAGCUACAGGCCCGUGGCGCUGCCUUUCAAGCCGGACCACUGCACAGCUUCCCGGUGGGUGCGGCCCGAGAGGCCACUGCGAUGCUAGAAGACGUCCAGCAGCAGCUGGCGACGUCCUGCUCUCAUGCCGGCACCUUGUGUCAACUGCAUUCGCACAUCAAUGCUACCCUCAUGAGGGUGGCCCAGGAGCACUUCCCACCGGUGACUGCCGACGACCGUCGCAUCAGUGCUGUCCCAGGACCCUGCGAGGCCUCCUACAGCAAUGGAGGCAGGAAGCCGAGCGAGCAGACUCCCAAGGAGACCAGCGUGCUCUCUUUCAGGUCGUCAAACGGCUUGGACCCAGAUCCGGCAGAUGUGCAUCCCGCCUACUCACAGCCGCAGGCCUUUGCCACAAAGGAUGAUGCUGAGCUGCCACCACCAUUGGAGCACGGUCUUGAUCUCGAUGUGUCGCUUUUGCAAAGCAAGUUGUCUAAAGUCGGCAUUCGCAAGGCUGUGCCCUCUCACAUCGCCCCGGCUGCAAUGUGGCGCCUUUGCUCGACACCUGUGGGAGCCCUCCUAGGCCCGGCUCUCUGCCAUCACUAUUCAGCAGGGCAGGUCGCAGAGGUGGAGGGUGAUUGGAAGGACACCAGUGUGAUUUGGCUGCCAAAGCCCAGUAAGAAACCCACCUCUGUAGCUUCCAUGAGGCCCAUCGGUCUUCAGAACCCGGCGACCAAGUCCUUUGCCAGUGCCUUAAAAGUUUCUGUCAUGGAGCACCUUGCACCCAUGGUGAGGGAACUACCACAAUAUGCCUACCUCCCCAACAGGGGGACCACGGAUGCACUGCUCAAAGUCCACCAGCACUUCGAGGACACAGCAGCUCUUCUUGCCUCCAACCGCCUUGAUCGCUUCCAGCAGAAAGCAGGCAAACAGAGGCUAACGUGCAUAGGAGGUUUUUCCCUAUCCCUGGACCUCUCUAGCGCAUUCGAUGGAGUUCACCGCCCGACUGCUUAUCAAACAAUGCUUCAGCAUGGAGUCGAUAGGACCACCGUCAACAUCAUCCAAAGCCUGCACCAGCAGGCCAGAUACCACUUUACGGUGGGCACUCACACUGCCUGUGUAUGCACUACCAAUGGCAUAAAACAAGGCUGCACCAUUGCCCCGAGCAUUUGGGCCUUCUUCACAGUGGCAGUCAUGCUCAAGAUGACCGAAGCACGAAGCAUGCAGUGGCUGCAACAGGUGUGCACCCUGUUCGCCGACGACUGCUGGGGCAGCUGGCUCAUCAAAUCCGAAAGAGACGUUGCCCGUGCGAUUGCAGACAUUGCACACAUUAUCUGCGUGCUUGAGGACUUCCAGCUUCGGGUCAACUACCAGAAAACUGCGGUUCUACUUCGUCUCGAAGGCAAGCAUGCUCAGCGAGCCCUCAAUUCCUGCACGAUUGAGAAAGAUGGCACCACCUACUUGGAGGUGCAUAUUCGAGGGGAGUCCAGGCUCCUUCCGAUAAAGUCUCAGCAUGAGUAUCUGGGCACUGCUGUCACAUACCACCACAGACAAGACGCCAACACUCAGAAGCGAAUGCAGGCAGGCCAGCUUCGCUACCAGGACAUCCGCAGAGUUUUGAAUGGCCGCCACGUCCUUACUAUUCGCCAGCGCACCUCACUGUGGCGAUCGUGCAUCUACAGUAGCCUCACUUACUCCAUUCCAGUGGUAGGCACCUUCCUGUUCAUCCAGCCACAGCACAAUACACUGAUGAUGGAAAACAUGGAUGCACAGCUGGCGGAGGACAUCUAUCAGGCGUGCUUUCCCAGCGGCCAGGCACCACUGUUGCCCUCGCCAGCGGAUCCUGCACAGUCCUUCCCGAACAAGCGGCCGAGACCGGAGUUCAGGUCGAGAGCCAGGCAGGGGGAUCGCAGAGGCCCUCCGACCUACCACCCCAGCCCCUUCCAGCAGGGACCUCCGCCACCCCACACGGGAAUCUCAAGCGAUACUUUCACUCAAAUGUGUCGCCUCAUGCUCCGGCACGAGGAGCAGCUGGCACUGAUCAAGCAAGAUCGGGCCCUAGUGGUGUUUGUCAAACAGGACCAGCACAGCAUCCUCCCGGCUCUCUACAAGGCCUCGGCUGCAUGGAACGACAAGAAGGAAAAAGCCGACACCAUGGAGGCGGGACUCACGCUGAAGACAGUGCUGCUGUCCUGUGUCAUCAAGGAAAUCCUGUCCCGGCUCCAAACAGUGACGGCGACGGAAGCCGGCAAAGGCAAACUCCUGGCAGCAGGUUGGAUCAAUGCCGAGGGUCACUGGGUGUAUCAGAGAUGGUGCCAGAAAUCUCGGCGCCUCGUCCUGGACGAGACUCGAACACCCCUGUCUCACGACAACGCGGUGAGACUGCUCACCACGUUGAGAGACUCCCUCACGGGAGACAUCAUCCAGAAGUUCUCGGCGACCCACCCGCUCUACAAGCUGGAGGAAGCAGGCCAUCAGAGCGCAACUUUCUUUUUGGAAGUGUCCCUUCGAGGCAAGGAGUCGGAUGCAGUACACUCCAUGCUCCUCCAGCUGGUCAACAGCACGAUGACACACUUAGUGGGAAUAUCGGUGAAACGGGAGAAUGGCCAACGGUCAAAGUUGGCACAGCAGAUAGCGGUUGCAGGGGCGAAGGACGAGCCCAUUUUGGCCCGUCACCUUUUUGGCUUUCAGCUCCUGGGGUGGCCGUCGAGAGCAGACGGCAAACAUCUGAAGGGGUCUCUCGACAGUUUGAGGGUCCGGCGACCAAAUGCAUUCGCCUCCUUAAGCCUCCCAGGCAUAGGAGGCCGAAUCAGCAAAGGCAAGCAGGUCUAUCAUUGCACAGACCACAUCCGGAUACCGAUCUUUGCUGAUAACAACUUGGACUGGGCGGCGACACGUCUGCAGAAUCAGGAGAACACCAUCGUUCAACUCCAGACGGAUCUACGACGGCAGCAGAAAAUUCUGCUGGACAUGCUGACGCGACUGCAGGAUGGCAACCAGCUUCAAACUCUAAUCCCUCUCGAAGAGAUGGACGAGUGCCCGGCUUUUCUUCGGGGCUGGCUCCGGCUCUUGGUCCGAGACCCCGGGGCUCUUUCGGCGACACCGAUCUUGAAAGCAGAAUGGAAGCAACCCCUCAUGAUCACGGACGUGGAGCACCGCCACAGCCAGGACCUCCGAAAGGUGUUCGAAGGCGGCCACAGGUUCUAUGAAAGGGUGCAAGGGCCGCCCUUACCCAACGGAAGGUUUGAGGCGUCCUCCGACAGCAGCUCUUCCGUCAACCUUUCAAGCUCUGACUCUGAAGCUGCGGCCUCGCUUAACUCCCAUACGUGGUCGGAGACAAGCUUGGCCUUGGGUGGUCCAAGCUUGGACGAAGCUAAGGGGGUACUUUGCGGCCAAUAUCGGCUCAUGGGCGCUCCGUGGCAUGUGGUACAGCAGAUGGCGCACCAGCACCUCACGGCCGAGCGUCGCCAGCACUGGUCUAACUGGGAGUUUCAGGCGACCCAUGAGAGGUGCUCCGGCAUCCUCUUUUUACUCCAUCGCCGGCGCUUCCAGGACCCACGCAUUCUUGACAUCAUCGACUUCAUCAUCACCCGGCAACGCACCGCACAUCUACAAGCUAAGCGUGCCUAUUCAGAUCACACGUUUCCCGUAGGAGGCAGUAGGCUGUCAGGGCACUAUCCCGUUCGUGCUCAGCUACCAAUGCAAUCUUACCACAAGCCGCCGUCGCAGGACGGCCCUGCCAUGCCGCCGAUUGACCUCCCUGCGCUGCAGACUGCCGUCUGCCGCAACACCCCGGAGGCGCAACAGACGCAAGCUUGCAUUGCCGUGCAGCUCCAGCAAGUGGAUACGACCAACCUGGUAAGUGUCCAUCGACACGUCAAUCGCAUUUUGCUUGAGGUGGCUGCCGCAGCUUUUCCGAAGCAGCCACCUGCUGACAAUCGUGUGAGUGCCCAGCCUGCUUUUCGAGUCACGGCUAGAUCCGUCUGGCAUAUGUAUCGCAACCUCAAGCAGCCUCGAGUUUGCACGCCGCGCGAAAUCUUCGAGAAGUGGAAACUGGCUGCAGCUUUCGCCCGAGCCUCAAAGAUUCUUCGCAAGCAAAGCCAUUAUCUGAAGAAGCAGUUCUAUGAGUCUCAGGUGGACCAGGCCGAACAGGCUGCCAAUCACAACGACCAACGAAGCCUUUUCCUCAUCAUCAAACGCCUCUCCCCGAAAUCCCGCAACAUUGCCUGUCGUCUUCGAGGUUCGGACGGCCACCUUCUGUCUGGCCCGGAGCAAAUGCAGCGCAUCGUUGCGUACGGCAACGCAACCUUCGCUGCCAAGGAUGACGACCACCCCCGCAUAGCCCUCACCACAUCCCUGCAAAUCUCUGCCCAGGACAUUGCGCAAGAACUACGCAAGCUCGGCGUCUCCAAGGCAGUGCCACGACACAUUGCACCAGCGGUGGCCAAGCUGGCGCAAGACACCCAAUGCACCAGGUUCCAGAAGCAGGUGCUCACCCUCUUCGCCGACGAUGUCUGGGGUGCCUGGGAGAUACGUAGUGCCCAGGACCUGGACCAAGCCAUUGCUGAUGUCUCCCUCGUUCUUGACGCCCGGCGCCUGAAGCAGAAACACACCUUCAUGAAGGCGGGCCAGCUACGCACCAUUGUAACCUACCGUCAUCGGCACCAACGCAACAUGCAGCAUCGGCCGAAAGCCUGCACCGUUAGGAUGCUAGGGCACGGUCCAGACUAUGCGAUCAACGAAGAGGCGGAGAUAUUCGCCAAUUGUUGGCCGGAAGCUCCAGAAUUUCUCUUGAGUCCGUCAGACGUCAUCCAUCGACCUACCACGGACCCCGGUGCCAUCCAUUCGGCAGCAGCUCCUACGGACCUCCACGACCCCCGCCUCAGCACGCACGACAAGGCCUUCGUCUUGUUCAUGAAGCAGGGGGAAGACGGCACACUAGGAGCCUUGAUGCGAGUGGCCAAGGAAUGGAACAACAAGAAGUCCCAGGAGAACUCGACCGUCCGCUCACCGCUGCGCACGGUCCUCUUAUCGAGAAUGAUUGGGGCACUUCUCAAACUGGCUCAACAAGCCGUGGCCACCGAGGACAACAAGCAGAAGAUGGUGACCGCGGAGUGGCUCACGGCCAACUCCGAGUGGACUUACCGGGUAUGGAACCAUGCCGAGCGAAGACUGGUGGUCGACACCAACAAGACUCCACUCCAGCAUGCGGAGGCCACCCGCAUCCUGACCUUCCUGCUCGAGCAUCUCACCGGGGAAGCGAUCCAGAGAUUCAACUCCACCGUGACUCUGCCCAAGCUGGAGCAACAGGGGGCCAACAUAGCGACUUUUGCUCUCGAAGUGUCCCUCCGCGGCAAGGAAGCUGCGGAACUGUAUCACAGUUUCGAGCGCCUGUGCGGCAGUGCCAUCAUGAACCUCAUCGGAGUUUCGAUGAAAAAAGACACACUGCCGCAGACACCGGCGGCCAAACAGUUGGCGAAUCUCUUCUACCAGCGCAGACAACAGUCCGGCCCUCAGUCGCCAACCCCGCUCCGCUACCAUCGAGAUUAUCGCCUAUGCAUGCCAAUGAAGGUGACCCGUCAACUGCAGCCACGGCAGAUGCCAUAG